UUUAUUUGGUACAUGAGAAUGAACUAAAGGUGAAAGUUACCUUUGAGAGGUUAAGGAGGUUAACAGAGAAGCUGUUUGUUGUUCAAAGAUGUGAGAGUUUUGCAUGGUUUAAUAUGUGAAGUUGUAUAGAAAAUUGUUUUAUUCAAUGGGAAGUAGGUGCCUUUGCCUAAAUAGAAAAUGUAAAAUAGAAUAUUUUUUCAGAUAAUAUAUUGGAAUGCUUCAUUGUUUUUCAUCAUAUUGUCCUAUGUGCUAAGCUAUACAGCAUCUGGAAUUAUUAAAUCUAGCAUGUUGUUGUUUUGUAAUUGAUGCUUAUAGUGGCUAGGAGAUUUAGCUUAUUUGUUUGUGAAUUUUGUAUCCAUCAUCAGAAGAACUGAUCUCAUAUGUUCUUGUAUAAAAUUAUGCAGAAUCUGAUGUGAUCAGUAAGAUUCAUACAGAGACUCUACUCAGAAAUACUAGCAGAAGUGGAAUCUUAUAUUCUCUUUUUGGAUGAAACAACGGAAAGAAAGACAAAGAAGAAACAGCAUGGAACCCUUAUUAGAAGAGGAAACAGUAAAAAAAGUAAAUGUAAAGUAUGACAAAUUGGAAAAACAGAAGCAAGGGGGGCCCGGUAUGGUGCUACGACGCAUCCUACUAGGGAUGUGCCUUAUCCAGUUUGCUAUCACUGCGUACUUAGCUCUGUGCAUCUACAAUUCUGCCUAUUCAAGUGUCAAGGGAGUGAAGAAUAUACAACAGAUAAAAGCUCAGCGCAACAAAGAUGGAACUGAUCGUAAACAUCCUGCUAAGAAAUAUGGGGAAUUUGACAUUGGGGAGAACCAGGCAGCAAUUGUCAUGGCUCAGCAAGACGUCAAGCCUCAUGUUGUUCGUGAUAUUGAGGUGAAGUGGAAUGAUGCGGCCCAGGCUAAAUUGCUUGCCUCUGUAGAUAUUCCUGUGGUAGAAGUGUGGGGGAAAGCUGCAAUAGGAUCCUACUUAUGGCAACAUAUCCUGGAAGGAGAAGAAAGUUUAGAUGAAACAAUGCCUGGUGCUACUGUUGGGGAGUUGAGAAUGCCUGCGUUUGUACUCAGAUAUAGAUCAGGUCCUGGUGUCAUCCCAGAAACUGUACCACGUGAUGUAAAAUACCUCGUUCUGGUUGUAAAUGGUCGAACUCCAGAGAAGAUAAAGGAUGCAAAACAGUGGCUUAACGAUUUGAAGACGUGGGACAUGCCUCCUGAAAUUAUGUUAAUUAUGCUGGGAAAUGAGAAGUGUGAUAAUGAAUGGGUGCUCAAUUAUGUGUCACCAAAGGGUCCAGUUGUAACUGUUCUGCUGACCUAUGAUGACCCAAGAGUAGAUCAGAAGACUUUUUACCAGUGGCCUCUUGGUGUUGCAACAUACAGACAGUUUCCUGUCAUAGAAGAAGAACAGGUAUCUCCAGAGGCUCCUAGAAAGUAUGUGUGUAACCUGAGGGUAACGCUUCAUCCUAACUCCUCUAGAAUAGCCCUUCAUAAGUUCCUGAAAAAUGAUGCCUAUGCUUCCAACAACUGUUUCGUAUCAGUCAGAGAAAAAUGGCUGCCAAAUGAAACACCUGAAUCAAUGAAUGAGUAUGUUUGGUCCCUGUUGCAGUCGGAUCUGACACUUUCUCCUGCUGGGAUGAACACAGAAACAUAUAGAGUAUAUGAGGCAAUGUCAGCUGGAAGUACACCUGUAAUAGAAGAUGUAGCAACCCCAGGUCAUUGUGACACAUCCCCAUGGAGGUUGUUAAAGAAACAUGGACCUCCAGCAAUCUUCGUCAAGUCAUGGGAGCAGUUACCUAAAAUUCUCGCUAAGGAACGCAGAUUCAGCAAGCAGUACAAGGCUCUCCGUAGAUUACGUGUGUUCCAGUGGUAUGAGUGGUUCAAGCUUAAAAUGAGGGACAGGUUCAUCUCCAUUAUAUCAUCUAAUCUAAUACACAGCUGAAGGAACAACAAACUUUUGGUUCUUACCUUGGAUUCUCUCUCUCUACUUUCUGUUAAUUGGUAGAGAGAUUUUAAACUAGUCUGUAAAUGCUUUUAUGUGACAUUGAAGUCUUUUAAUAGUUUCUUGUGUCAAGAAACUGCAGUAAUGAAUUAUGUUAAAAAUAAUAGUGUGUGUUGGGGAAAUUUAAGAAUGCAGGUACUGCUGGUGCCAUACAGGUUAUGUUCAAAGUAAUUAUGCUGUAUCUCUUUCUUUUUGCAUUGUCACCUUUAUUUGGCAAAGUAACUUGGCCUAGGCACUGGACAUACUACAGGCACAUGUACACACAGACAUAUGCACAUACAGUCAUAUAUGCACAGACAUUCACACAUAGACAUACAAAUUUAGACAUAACAUACACAUGUGAGAUGUAGACAUGACAUACAGACAUGUCAUCUGUACAGUUGGUAGUUAUGAUAUGCAGACAUGACACACAACAUGACAGGCGGGCAUAACACAUACACAGGCAAACAGAUUCACAUAGGCACAGACACAGUCAGUCAGUCAGUCAAUCAGUCACACACAGAUACACACACUCAUACUCACACUCAUACUCACACUCACACUCAGACUCAUACUCACAC